UUCGCUCGGUUCGUUGGCCCACGUCGCGUUUUGUCAAAGUAGCGCAAAUUACUUAAAAAUAAACAACGAAACUAUUGGAACAGCCAGCCAGCCAGCCAGGUCCACAGACGCAGCCAUAGACAUUUCACUCGUCGAUCUUAAUUCUAUUGCAUUUUACCGCGGCGUGAAAAUAAUUGAAUAAAAAUGAAUUUUAAAGUCAAUUUGACGUUCCUAUCUAUCGCACUAGUCUGCCUUAUUUCUGUCAUUCUGCUGACUCAGACGAUCGGAAUCGGUGCAGCCGGAUCUGGAGAGGGUCAGUGCAAGGAGCUAAACAACGUUAACUGUUAUGUGGGCCGCAACGAGGGCAACUACUGCAACAGCAAGGAUCAGACGAAGGCCCUGACCCGCUGGUACUACGACAAGGGUGUCUGCCGCCCCUUCGCCUACAAGGGCUGCAACGGCAAUCGCAAUCGAUUCUGCACGCAGGACAGCUGUGAAACACGCUGCGGCGGCCACUGAAUAUCGAAAGGGACACACAGUUACACACAUUCAGUUACACAUCCACUUAGCUGAUAAGUUUAUAUGUUUAUAUAUAUAUAUAUAUAGGUACUGAGCGCAAAUAGAAGCAAACCAAGCGAA